AUGCAUGAACUAUUACCCAAUUCCUGCCUUUUAGGAAUUCAUUUAACCAUUUCCACACAUUCGGGACCACAAGUUGUCUAUCACUAUCCGCCUGCUUCUGAAGACUACAUUUCCGGUAAACAGCGUCAAAGCAGACAAGAUUCAACAGGUGUUGAUGAUGGUGAAUCUAAUGGCAAAAUAUAUGCUGGUAAUCUAAGGAAAAAGCCCAGUAUGGGGGCCUCUCUAACUGGGCAAUCUUUAUUUUCUAGUGAUCAAAAAUUCAAUGAUGAAGACAAUAUAAAGACUCCAUCCAUUCGUAGUGGUGGAACUGGUAGUAUAAGAAGAAGAAGGACUCAUUCGAUCGAUUCCGGUAAAGUACGACAUGGUGUCGAAACUGAAUCAGCUUCAUCAGAUACAGAUCCCUCCUCUUCGGGAUUAAGUGAUAGCGAAUUAUCCACCGAUUAUGCCGAUGAAUCCAGUGAUUCGUCUUCAUCAUUAGAAAAUGAAAGGAAUGAUGAACCUGAAGACAUAUCUAACGAACCGAGAUUGAGCAAUUCUGUCACAAGAAACAAUACUAGCGCCAAUACGACAAAUUUGGAACCAACGAGGAUGUUGAGACCUAAGAGUUCUCAGGUUAGCGCUAGUAAACUUCUAGACAUUUUUAACAAGGAAGGACCGGAUAGAAGGCCAUCUGCCAUUUCAAAGAUAUCAAAUACUAGAACUCCAGAAUCCAGCGAAGAUGAGGCAGAUGAUGAUCAAAAAAGUGAAUUAGAUUUUUCUGAGCUUCAUGAACGGGGCAAAAUUAUGCUUGAUAAGCAGUAUUUCGCAGAAAAUGUCUUUCAAGAUAUUAACAAAAUAUUUGGGUUGGAUGCAGAAUUUGUUGCAGAAUUCUGUAGCCCUGAGAGAGAAAUGUGCAAUACCAGAUACGAAUUCACAGUUGAUACCCUUUGUUUCUUGGGGCUCCCCGUACAUGUAGACCAACAUGGUAAUUGGAGGAAAUCCAAACGUAAGAAACAUACAACCAGAUCUAAAAGGUCGAGUAGUACUACCACUAGGUUAAGCAAACAACGUUCAAGCCUUUCUCAGAAUGGUGAUGGUGAAUCUGGGGAAAAUGACAUGGAUUCAUCGCAGUUGAGAUCCAGUUCACAUAACUUACAAGACGAUAAUGGUGAAAUUAAUGAAGACAAUGAUGAAUGUGAAAACUCCAACAAUCAGAAUAUUAAAGAAGAUCUAGAGAAGAACAUGAAUAUGUUCCAUGUUUGUUUUGUGAUGAACCCUUCACUUGUGGAAUACAACGAAAGAAUAGAUGAUAUGUUUCAUUACGCUGUGGCUCGAUUGUCAAUGUUAUUAAGGUAUGCUCAGGAAAAAUCACAAUACGUUUCCAAGGAAUGUAGUAUUAUAAUGAAGGAAAAAGAACAUGUGUUAAAACAUUCCAAAACUUAUAGGGCCAUAAAGGGAGCUAACCAAAGGGGUAAAUACCUUUACCAAUGUAUAUUGUCAAAAUCAUCAUUAGCGAGAGCAUUAACCUUAUGUGUGGAAAAACUACAGCAGAACGACAUUGCAUGCUUAGAAAUAGGUGAAGAUAAAGUAAUUGCAUUACAGAUCCCCAUACAAAACGAAUUUGCAGUUUUACCAAAUUUUAAAUUACAUCCAGUAUUAAGAGGAUCAUUUUUAAGUUCUGUUCUCAAUAGUCAAUUUUUAUCAGCUGGUCCACUUGCGAAAGAAGAAUCUCUUGGUGGUUAUACUGAUAGUGAUCAUGAAGAUCUUACCGAUUUGUUAAAUUUUGCACUUCUACUAGACGAACCAACUAAUAUUAUUAAGGAACUGGAAACGUUUUCAUAUCAUGAUGAUAUUGGUAAUAUUGUUCUUAGUCAUAUCGUUAAACACAUUCAACCUAAUGUACCAUUAGGAUCUUACCAAUAUCUGAUUGAUGAAUUGUUUGGUGAUACUUCAGACGAUGUAAGAGGUUCAUUUCAAACAAAUAUGCUUAGAUCAUGUGCUCUUCACCUUUUAUAUCGAAGACAUGCAAGAUUAAUCAUACCAAUUAGCUCAAGAAAUACUUAUAUUGUAUCACCGUUAGCCCCCAUUAGAGGUUAUUCUAAGAAUGAUUACGAUGGUCUACAAAAUUCAAGUAUGCCAUUAAUCUAUCAAAAUCAAACAAUUUUUAAAGAGCGCUUCCCCACAUUACCAUCAUUACCAUCAUUUCUUCAUCUUUUAUCUAAUGGUAAACCAAAACCUUACGGUAAUAUAAUUCCGUCCAAAGAGCAUAAAUCAAUCUACUUAGGGGCACUUGCAUGGCUAUUAAAAUACGGGUAUGUGACCCAAUUAUUAACAUUCGUUUGUAUUAGAGUCGAUAGACAAAUAAAGAUGGCUGUUGAUGAGGAUUUAGAAAAGGAGGGAUUUAAGGCAAAAACCCAUUCUGUGGAUAGAGAUCAUGAUGCAAUGGAUAAUGUAGCUAAAAAUGCUAAAGAUUUACAAACAUCGCAGAAAAAUCGUACAUCUUCAAAUGAAGAAGAAGAAGAAGAUAUAGCCAGGUUUGCAUAUGAUGAUCCCGAUAUCGGUAGAGAUUAUACGAUUAUCUUGGAACCAGAACGUGCAACCGCCAUUGAAAAAAGAUGGAUGUUUAAAUGCGUUCAAGAUCAACCAACGGAUAUUCAGAAAUUAUUCGGCAAACUACUCAAAUACUUUAACGGCAGAACUCCAAUGGAAUUAAUUAUACUUAAGGAGGGAAUAUCAAGACAUGAUAUUAGAAAAUUAAUUGGGACUCUUGAUAGGUACGUUAUAGAAUUUGAUCAUUGGUAA